GUUCACUGCCGCUCACAGGUCCAUGUUGCGACCGAGGACUCUCGGUACCUAGAGGAUAGGAGCAUUUGAGUUUCAAGACGAAUUCGCCCCCCAUCAUCCCGAUAUGCGGCAACCGAAAUGCUAAGCAGAGGCUGAAGAUGAGAUGGAAAGCCUAAUUAGCACAGAGUUCGCCAGAGUCAUCUACCAACCGUCUUAGUGCAAGCCGGCUAGCCGAAAAAGUCUUCGGGAACCAAGAGCUUAACUCGGUGGCUUCCACAGAUGCCCACCAGAGAUGAUGUCCACUAGAGAUGUCCACCAGAGAUGCCCACCAGAGAGGCCAGCCGCUGUCCACCGCUGGGCGGGUGUGGAUCCUUGUCGUCACAGGCAGCUUUUCCCGAAAAGCGCACUUGCCUUGCACCGCGCAUGCACAUGCAGCCUCUAGCACUGCACCGAUUAGCUCUUGCAACAGAACCCUAAUGCCAACUUACAUGCAAGCCCAGCCCAUUUGUAGCUCAGUAGUGCAGUACUGCGUCUGUACAUCUACGGGCGCCUGUCAGUCUAUUGCGCAGGAUAGACCGGCCAGGUGCCUACCUAGGUAGGCAGCACUUGCCGUCUGACUUGGGAUCUCAUCACGCCGAACCCUGCCUCCUUCCCUGCCUACAGUAGGUAACUGACCUAUUUGGAACCAUUGGCAGGCGCAACUCAGCAAGCAUCGUCUAGACCCAUGCCACCAUUUCAAGAAGGCAGCCAUUUAUGCAUCAAUUCUUCAAGUCCUGACUGAUUGCUAUUUGCCUGCUGCACUGUUUAUUGCAACUUGAGGCUUGGGCAAAGACACUGAUCAAGUCUCGCUUACAGCAAACAACACCAGUAAGCCAAGAGACACUUGCCAAACCUUACCCAUACUGUAGCAAGCAGGUCGAAGGCCAAGUGCAAUCAACCCGCAGCGUACCCACCAAAUACUGGAGCAGCUCUCAGAAAAAAAGUCGGCAGGCC